AUGGAUAAAGACGACACGAAAUCUUCGGAAAUGCAAACAUCAGAUUACAUACAAACAGAAAAAAUACAAGAACCACAGCCGAGUGAUUUUGUGGAAAUCAUGAAGAAUCUAAACAUAGAUGAUUUCAAAAAUGUUGGUAAAAUGGCGUGUUUCCGUGGUAGUCUCCUAAAUGGAAUCGGUGGUGGUGCCACAAUCGGAGCACUGCGAUAUAUGUUGAAAGGUUAG